UUUCGAGUAUAAAUAGAGAGCUUGGAUUAGUUCAAAAAUCAUUCCUUUAGUUGAAGUCUUUAACUUACUAGCAGUUUCAUCAUGAAGUUCCUCAUCGUAUUGAGCUUGGUCCUUGUUAGCGCACUCGCUUACGAGACAAGCAACAACAACAAUAACAACAACAACAACCCAUCAUACGACAACUCCAACGAAUGGGAUGCAUCACCACGCAAUGGUGGAAACUCUGUAAACGGAAGACGUACCCCAACUGACAUUAAUGGACUCACUGCUGAAAGUCUUGGAGAUAUGUUCCAAAGACAAAGCCAACAACGUGGUCACCAACGUGGUCAACAUGGUCCAGGAUCAAUGAACAACAACAACCAAAACGGCAACAACAAUGGCAACAAUGAUGAUGAAACUUCUUCCCUAGGAUACUGGGCUUCAUAUCCCGAUUCUGCUGCAUUCGAUGCCAAGAUCAAGGCUCGUCUUAGCACCUCAAGAGCUCUCAGUGACAAGCCUGAGGUUCGCAGAAAGAUUACCCAACUUGCUGAAGAGAAAUUCAACCAGUGCAAGGUUUUGACCGAUGACAGAGAAAGAGCUUGUCUUGGCCGCGUCACCGGACAAAUUAUGCAAUUGGUUUCUGCUGUCGAAAACAUGACACGCAACCCACAAUAAGUUCUUUUUGUAAUUUGUGCAAAUCAAUUAGGCUGUGUAUAAUAAAUUCACUGCAUUUAAAUAAAAA